CACACCAUCCAAGAAACAAUUGCCGGGUUGUCUUUGUAACAAGUGGCUCAUACUGUUUGCACGGUUAUUUGUAUUAUUAAACAGAAUAAUUGGUGAAAAUGAACACUCCCACCUCCAGUAAAAUUACCCAUGUUGGGUCACCAUCCCCCUCUCCGCCAAGUAAUAAGAGGAUGAAAUGGCAAAGUGAAAGUGGGGUAAACAGUGGGUGUACGAUUCUUAUGACCGGUCUAGCGAAGUCAGGGAAGAGUACCAUUUCCAAUUCCCUUACUCAAAUGCUCAAUUCCAACGGGAUUUUAGUCAAACAAAUAGACGGGAAGAACUUGAGGGCCGGUCUCUGCAAAAAUCUGGAUUUUGACAGCACGAAGGAUCGGUCGGAAUUUGUUCACUUGGCUUCAGAACUUGCCAAAGCAUUCACGGAAGAGGGAUUUGUGUCCAUCAUUUCCAUUGUGGCUCCAUUACAUGAGAACAGACAGAAAGCCAGGGAUUCUCAUGAGCAAGACGGACUGAAGUUUGUAGAUGUCUUCGUGGAUAGGUCAAGAGCAGAAUGUGAUACACAAUCUGGCCUGAGUCGUAAUGUUAUAAAUCCCAUUGAUGCGGACUACCAAUCUCCCACAAAUCCAGAUGUCCACCUUAAACGGAGUGGCAAUAACGUUGACAAGUUGACGAGAGAACUGGUUGAAAAAUUAGUUGGCUAUAAAAUUAUUCAACCCCUAUUCGCUCAACCUCAGUCGCCGUUUUCUCCCUCCGUUCCUUCACCCAAUUCAACAGUUCCUUCUCCCUUUACAACAACGCCUUCUCCCUCCUCAACGAUAUAUUCGUCUGAUUCGGAUUUGGGUGCUGGAGAGUUGGACGAAGAAGGGGAUAGCGUCCCAAAAUUCAAACUACCAAGGAAGAGUGAUAUCCGAACAAUAUUCGACUAUGUGAAAAGUGUUAUUGUUCAAAGAGGUUUUGUUGGAAAGGAUCAAGAGAUCGACCAACAUCCCAUGUUUUUUGCACUAAUGGAGGAAUGGAGGACUCACUAUAAUAUUCAUAAAGAAAAAGGAAUCGAAAAGUUUUUCCCAGUCAAACUUCAUAAGUCAACUCAGAGGAAAUCAGCUACACCCACAACAACCCCAACCAAAGGUGCGAAAACCCCCCAAAAAGACGAUGUCGGAGAAAACAAGUGGGACGAAUUCAUUCCUUUACAUUGGAACGGAUCAACGUUGUUUUACGGCACUAUGCAAAGAGGAGUCCCUCAUCUCAAAAAAUGCAAACAUUGUUGGUCGAGGGCAACAUCAGAGGGCUUUUUGUGUAAUAACCAUUCAACAAACCGAUGUCAAAAUGUCGCCGUUUUGCGUGACAUUAAUGAGAAGACCAUUCAUUAUCAUGCGGCGUUAAGCAUUAUGAGCGUGAAGAAAACAGAAUGGACGUCAGACCUGGUUAAAAUAUCUGCUUACAACAGCAUUCUCGUACAAAAAUACCUCUCGGAUCAUCCUACCGCACAAUUCACUCCUAUCUAUGAAAAAUCUGUUCUUUUCUCCUCUCCGGAACGACUCUCUGUCCAGCAUUCCAUCACAUUGUCAGUCGCGCUCAUCACAUUGUUCAGAAACAUGGAAAAAAUCGAAUCAGAUGCACCCAUCAGACCGCAUGCGUUCCUUCAUGAGCAGUUAGUUAUGUCCAACGCUAAUUUGGCAGUGGUGGAGAAGAUUCUGGAAGAGAAUGGAGUGACUUUCACCGUGGGAUAUGAUGAUGAUGAUAGCAGCUCCCCAUUAAUCAACAAAGAUCGAUAUUGUUCAAAACUACCUAGGGUAUAUUGUGGAGUAGAAUCCAACAACAAAGUCAAUGUUGUCAAUGUCAAUGUCAAUGUCGGAUCAGCAGAAGGAUGUAUUCGAUUUGGUGAAACAAGAUUGCACAAGGAAGGAGGGAUUGGGUCAUGCAGCUCUUGUUCUUGCAGAAAUGAAGGGCCAAUCCUACAAUGGCAUCCUCAUUCAAAGGGACAAUAAGAAAUACGAGAAUGUACAAACUAUUGAGAAAGGGGACAGAGAUUUUGUACAGGCAGUUUUUAAACUUUUAACGGGAAAAUCCCUUACUGUUUUAGUUGAGCAUACCGAUAAUAUGAGUUUUACUGUUGAUAUAUAAAUAAAGGCAUUGCAUUUAUUUGCUUUCAUAUGCCACUCAAGCAUGAGGAAGAAAGUAA